AAGAUGGUGAGAGGAAAGAUCGAGAUCAAAAGGAUCGAGAACGUGACAAGCAGACAAGUCACAUUCUCCAAGCGUAGGAAAGGUCUCUUGAAGAAGGCUCACGAGCUUUUAGUUCUAUGCGAUGCUCAAGUCGCGGCCAUUGUCUUUUCACAGAAAGGAAGAUUAUAUGAAUUCGCUAGCUCCGACAUGCAGAAGAUGAUGGAGAGAUGUGAGAUACAUAGGAGAGAGUAUUUUGGGGCAGAGAGACUAAAAAAACAGCAAGUUGUGCAGGAGCUCAAGAACGAAAUGGCGAAAACGUUAGACCAGAUUGAGCUUCUUCAACUACAUUGCCGGAAACUGAUGGGGCAAGAUUUGGAUUCGUGUUCAGUGGAGGAACUCAAGGAGAUAACUAUCAAACUUGAGAAAAGCCUUACUAUCGUAAGAUCAAGAAAGGCUAAGUUAAAUGAAGAUACAGUAAAGAAACUAAAAGCAGAGAUUUCAGGAGAGAAAGAGGUCUUGAACGAGACAAGUAGUCUACGACAAAUGUUUGAAGAGCCGACCUUGUGGAUGCACUCUAGGAGCCUAGAGAAUGAAAAGAGUGGACCAUCAUGUGGUUAUGGAAACAUGAACAUAUUGGAUGUAGAAACUGAGUUGUCCAUAGGAUUGCCUAAAAGUCGUGAGUGAGAGUGAGAAGAGUGCACCUUUUGGAAAGUCUAGUGUAAUGAUCUAUUCGUGUCUUAAUCAACUUGUUCUUGUUUUCAUAUUAUCCGGACAUGUAUAUUUCAAAUUCUGGAUGUUGAAUCGAUUCCGUGUGCAUAAAUUCAAGAAUAAGUUAGUGUAUAAGUUCUCUACUAUAUUUCGUUCUUUCUUUUUAUCCUUUGUUUUUCUUACU